UUUUCCUGUUUCCCCCUUCCUCUAACAUUCACAUUUAAUUUAGGAUAUUCUAUUCUGUGUUUCCAUCUUCAUUAUUGAUCAAAUAAUGAGGAUCUUUUUUUUAGAAGUUCAUUUUAGUCUUUUCCAGAGAGCCCAAAUCCCAAAUCCUAAAUCGUCAGCAAGUUACUAGAAUUGGUCUAUAUGCCUGACUUGAAAAUUGACAAAAAUUGACAAUUUAUGAUACUGUUGUCAUCCAAUUUAAUUGUUUCAUUAAAGCUGGAGUAUGAUUGUAGAAACGGCAAGAUUAAACUGGAUUUCGAAAGAGUACAACUGAAAAAAUCCCACCUGCUUACUUCAGGGUUCCCUCCAAAACCACUCCUUCAAAACAUACCGUCUGAGGACAGCUGACGUUGGGGGUUAACACAUCCAAAGAGGCUUCAGAACAUUUUCAAACCUUCCAAUCAAUGCCAAUAUAGACUAAAUGAGACAAAUACCACUGAACAACAUUUCGUCACAACUAGGUUAUAAUUCAGACAUAUACACAAAUAUGUGUAAACACAUCCUAAUGAAACUGGAGGAGGAUGGAGACUGCAUUAGGCACAGUAUAACACCCAAACACAAAAAUAGACAGUCAUCUGACGUGUUUAUCAGUGCAAGAUGUUGCAGGUUUAGGUGGAACUGUAACGUGGGGUUGCACUUUGUCUGCUAUGAUUGUGUUGUCUGCUCACUUGCUCUAGCGCACUGUCCACUAAUAACUUUGCAGUAGACUCCAGUGAUGUGCAGUGAGUGCAUGUAGGUAGGCAAUUACAGAGAAUAAGGUCAACCAAUCAGAAGUGUGUCUUUUUAUUAUCAGAACACUUGAUUUAUUGAUUGCUGUUGGAAUGUAAAAUAUUUUCCUCCAAAGGAUCAAUAAAGCGUCCAUCUUAAGAAUUCAGUCAGAACAAAGAAUGCUUCUGGAAAACACCACAUACUUUAAUAUAGUAGACUCUAAAUCCUGUUUUGCUGAGAUUUGCUCCAAAGCUGCUGUAUGAAUGGGGUCUGGAGACUGUGACAGUUUCCACUCAAGACUGAGUACAGUCAUUUGAGCACCAGGGCAGGCAGUCCGGCCCCCUCCUCUCCCCUCCUGAAGAAAAACAUUUCUGCUGGUUCAUUUACCCAAGAAGGACAAAGGGAAGACUGCAUGCUGGGUGUGUAGAACCAGUUAGUCCCCCAUAGCGUGUUUUUAACGCCAGCUUCUAAAAUAAAUCACUCAAAAUCCAACCCUCUCAGGCAGCAACUUCCAGCAAUUGUUCAUCUGGAGACUUAUCUGUCGCCGUCUUGGCCUAAUGGGAAUCUGUCUUUUACUGAACACUUGCUAAGACAAUUGUAGUAGCAGACAUCUCAAGAACUAUUUUUUGCACAUUUUAUAGACUAUUAUUGUUCUCUUGAAGUGUUUAUGAAUAUAAUUAGACAUCUAAUAUGUUGAGCUCCAUGGUGGCUUGUUGGUUAGCACUUUCGCCUUGCAGCUUCACAUCCUAACUUUCCCGGGAUCUUUCUGCAUGGAGUUUGCGUGUUUUCCCUGUGCAUGCUUGGGCUUUAUCUAGGUACUCCGGCUUCCUCCCACAGCUUAAAAACAUUCUGAGGUUAAUUGGGAAUUCUAAAUUGUCUGUAGGUGUGAAUGUGAGUGUGCUUGUUUGUCUCUAUGUGUAGCCCUGUGAUAGAAUGGUGAUCUGUCCAGGGUGUCUUCUGUCUUCACCCUCAAUCAGCUGGGAUGACUCCAGCCCCUUUACAACACUAAUGAGGAUUAAGCGGUGUAUAGAUAAUGGAUGGAUAGAUGGAUCUAAUAUGUCACAAUUUGAAAGUAAAAGCAUUUCAGCGCACCCUUUUUGGAAAAAUCUGUGCAGAGGAGAGCUAACCUAUUUCUACCCACCCAAAUAUGGAUUUUCCUGGAGCGAAUUCAUGAGAAAACGUAUAAUUAAAAUACUCUAAAUACUGAUAGUGUGCAUGAAAUCUUUGAAUUCUUGAGCUGUGAUAGUGUGGCCUCAAAAUCCCAGAAGGCUAAAAGACUCCCACUGCUGGGAUGUUAUGAAUUUCUUCCAGUGUUCUCAUGUGCCAUAUUUUCUGCUACAGGGAUGGAAGAGUGGUGCUCAUCACAGGCCUCACCUAUAGUACCCACCAACACUCCAGAUCCAGUCCUCAGAAAGGUGGCUGUUGAGUCAGGAUGUGGGCGGAAAGCAGGACACUCUCAGAGAGAGCACUCGCCUAAGCUUCACCCUUCUGAGAAUCCACUCGUUUAUCAGAAGGAUGACAUCUUAACCCUCACAUGCAGAGGGCACGGCGUCCUGCACUGGACACUUGCAGAUGCCCAAAGAUCGAUCCCAUCAGAGAGAGUGAAGGUGGAGCAGUGUAAUUCCAGACAUCACUCUCACUUGCAAUGCAGCAAACUCACAAUCACACACCUGAAUGCCCGUGACACAGGGAGCUACAGCUGCAAAUGCUCCACAGCUGGUUCAGACCACAUCACCUCAACCUACGUCUACGUCACAGAUCCCGAGCAGCCAUUUGUGGAGCCCCAUGAUCCAAUACCUUACUUUCUGGGCAUCUACAGGCACGAAACCAGCCUUGUGAUUCCCUGUCGGACAUCCUUCCCUAAUGCUACUGUGUCACUGAUCGGGGCCCCAGAAUUAUCUGAGGAGAUCAUUAAUGGAAAAGUUUGGGAUCCAAAGGUGGGAUUCAAGAUACCUUAUGGUCCCUACACAGCGUACUCACUGCUAACAUGCAAAACUGUGGUCAAUGGUCGAAAGUUUGAGUCAGUUUACGUCCCUCAGAGACAGACUACUGUCCUUAACAAUGUGAAGAUCACCCCAGAGCGUGUUAGAGUGUUGGUUGGAGACACCUUAAGACUCAACUGUAGUGGGGAAACCACCUAUAAUGGGAGAAUCAACUUCACCUGGGAUUUUCCAAAGAGGAGAGAAAAUCGACAUCAUGAAGUAAAGCUCAAACUCAAACCUGACCUAGUUCUUGUGAUGAGCAAGACUUUAGUGUUGCCAAACAUCACCAUGGAGGAUAGAGGAGUGUAUCGCUGCAAAGCUGAGCUAGAGCCCUCAAAGUACAAGAAUGCUUCAGCAAAAGUCAUUGUCUUUGAGCAUCCGUACCUCAACGUCUCCUACAGGCACGAGCAACAGAGCACAAUGGUUGUCAAUGAAGGGAGAAAGAAGCUUGUGUUUGAGCCGAAAGUCAACGCUUUGCCAGCACCUGACCAGAUAGCGUGGUAUAAGGAUGGCGUCCUGAUACAGAAGAAUUCCACUUGUUACAAGAUGUCUAGUUUCAGCUUGGCCAUCACUGAUGUGCAGGCAAAGCACGCUGGCAUCUUCACCAUAAGGCUGGGCAACAGACUGAAGGGCCUGUACAGGAAUCUGAGCUACACUUUGGUAGUCGACGUGAAACCAACUAUUUUGGAGGCGGAGCUUGCCACUGUGGAUGUGCAGCCCUACAUGUCUGGCAAACAGCAGCAGCUAACCUGUACUGCUUAUGGGUUGCCUCUGCCAACCAUCGCUUGGCUCUGGCAACCGUGUAACUCGGACCCUACGCUUACAAAUUGUUUAGCUUACACCAAACCUAUCCAAGUCAACAUUGAUGACAAGAGUAAUGAUGCCCAAAACUGGAUCAAGGACAUAAAUGUCGAGCCUGCACUGGGUAAAGGAAAAAACAAGACUGCGAGUACAUUGGUGAUUGGAGAGGCUCGUGUGUCGGGACACUACUCCUGUGUGGCCAAGAAUGAGGAUGGCACAAGCAAAAUGACAAUGCCUUUUUACGUUGAUGAUCACCCUGAGGAAAUUACCAUUGAACCUCGCACAGCCAUUGAGGGGAAUGACAUCACUCUGACCUGUCGGGCAACCCGUUACCUCUACACGGACCUGCAGUGGUUGGAUUCCAGGAAUCAAACGGUCACGUCCAACGUGUCUAGUCUCCAGUUCAGCAAUUAUUCCGUUUCACUUUCUCUCCAUCUGUACAAUGUGUCCCAAAGCAGCACUGCAGGGUACAAAUGCCAAGCAAACAAACACCACAAGAAGACUGAAAUCAAGACUGCUGCACUUACUGUGGACGCGAGAAAACGGCCAUGGCUGAGUCAAAAUCUGACUAAUCAGAAUGUGAACAGCAGCAGCACCCUGGUGCUGGCUUGCUCCGCUUCGGGAGUUCCUCAGCCCAACAUCACAUGGUACAAAAAUGGCGUUCGUGUGGAAGAAAGUCCAGGUAUUACACUCGGAGGAGACGGGGCUCUGACCAUCGAAAGGGUGAAGAAAGAUGAUGAGGGUCUGUACGAGUGUGUCGCCAGCAACGUCGAGGGCGUCGCAAAAUCAAGUUCUGUUGUUACUGUGGUCGGAGUUGAAGGGAAGCCAAACGUUGAGGUCAUAAUUUUGGUGUGUACUGGAGCUGCAGCCACGUUCCUCUGGCUUAUGCUUAUCCUCUUCAUUCGCAAGCUGAGGAAGCAACCUGCACACUACAAGAUGGGUCCAUCCAUCAUCAUUGAUCCUGACGAGUAUCCUCUGGACGAGCAGAACGACCUUCUUCAAUAUGACAGCAGCAAAUGGGAGUUUCCCCGAGACCGCCUGCGACUAGGGAAAACUCUCGGCCAUGGAGCUUUUGGGAAAGUCGUUGAGGCUUCUGCCUUUGGAAUCGACAAGCUGUCAACCUGUAAAACUGUUGCGGUGAAAAUGCUGAAAGGAGGUGCUACAUCAAAUGAGCGGAAAGCCCUGAUGUCAGAGCUAAAGAUCCUGAUUCACAUCGGUCAUCACCUGAAUGUGGUCAACCUGCUGGGAGCCUGCACCAAACCUGGAGGACCCUUGAUGAUGAUUGUAGAGUUCUGCAAAUACGGCAACUUGUCCAACUAUCUGAGGGGCAAGAGAGAAGACUUCAUCGUGUACAAGAGCCAGGACGGUAAGGUGGUGUCUUCAGGAUCGGGCUGCGAGCUGAGCGAGCUGAUGAAGCGCCGCCUGGAGAGCGUAGCCAGCACCGGAAGCUCCGCCAGCUCUGGCUUCAUCGAAGAUAAGAGCUACUGCGACUCAGAGGAAGAGGAAGAAGAAUCUGAGGACCUGUACAAGAGAGUCCUGACACUGGAAGAUUUAAUUUGCUACAGUUUCCAAGUUGCAAAAGGCAUGGAGUUCUUGGCAUCACGCAAGUGCAUUCAUCGUGAUUUGGCUGCACGAAACAUCCUCCUCUCUGAGAAUAACGUUGUAAAGAUUUGUGAUUUUGGACUCGCCCGGGACAUCUACAAAGACCCGGAUUAUGUGCGCAAAGGAGAUGCUAGACUGCCACUCAAGUGGAUGGCACCUGAGGCCAUUUUUGACAAGAUCUACACAACUCAGAGCGACGUUUGGUCCUUUGGUGUUCUCAUGUGGGAGAUCUUCUCUCUGGGUGCUUCCCCAUACCCUGGUGUCCAGAUUGAUGAAGAAUUUUGCUGCCGAUUGAAAGAGGGAACCAGGAUGAGAGCACCAGAAUAUUCUUCCUCUGAAAUAUAUCAGACGAUGCUGGACUGCUGGCAGGGUGAGCCUCAGGAGCGACCAACCUUCACUGAGCUGGUGGAAAGGCUGGGAGACCUGCUUCAGGCCAGCGUGCAACAGGAGGGUAAGCACUACAUACCCAUCAACACAGCCUUGCUGGCGAAGGUGGGAGACCAGACCACCGCAGUGAUAUCAGAGGAGACGCCGACACGACCCGUUUCCCACCGCGACUCAGGGAGUACCUGGAACAUCAAGAUCCGUCCUGCUAGCGUAAAAACCUUUGACGAGGUUACCAUGGAGAACGGGAGCGAUGAGAACCACGAGGGUCAGUCGGACAGCGGGAUGGGGCUUUCUUCUGACAACAUGAAGACACUGAUGCGCUUCGAAUCACUGGCAGGCCGACCUCUGAGCAUCAUGGCUCUGGCGAUGAAGGCGGUGAGUAAGAGUAAAGAGUCUGUGCUGAGUGACACAGAGAAGGAGAAGUAUCCAUCCUCGGUUCCUCCUUUAGACUUAAGUCUGGAUGACUCAGCUCUGGAUGCCAACCUGGAGUGUCACAGCCCGCCGCCCGACUACAACUCCGUGGUUCGCUACUCCACCCCUCCUGUGUAACCUCCUGCUUCACCCCCAGAGACCGUGAGACUGACAGCCUCAAGGCCUUUGCUUUGUUCUCCUCUGUUUUGACUCUUAUCUGCAGACCGUUCUGUGGCAACGUUUGAAAGGGAAACAUGAGAUUCCCUCUUCAAGUGUUUAGAAAAGACGCUCAUGGAUUAGCUUGACUGUAACCUUUGCAUCUUCCAGCUUCUGGAGCGUCUGCUGUGCAACACAAGGAAACCUGCUGAGCGUUGAUUCCUUUCCAGUUUUCAGACGUAGGCUCACGUCCAUGCUGCUGGUCCGUUCCACAUUCACUGUGAUGUCAAACAGUUAAAAACAGGCUCAGGUAUUUCUUUGAUCUACUGUGAAACAAACCGCAAUGACUCCAGCUAUACCACAGAUCUGAACAAACCUUUGAUGAUAAAGAGAAACAUCCAGGAGAGGCUGUUUGAGUAUAUUUCAAUUUUAUUGAAAAAGUGAAAACUGCAAAUUCAUUUAUGGAGGAAAAGUCAAAGAAAAAUUGUAAUGUGGCUGCAUCUGUCUGUGUGAUCGUUAAUUUUUGCUCAAAGCAAAAUGAAGAUGAAAAAAAAGAAAUAUUAAUGCUAAAACUCUGUUAUUUGUAAUCUGACUUCAUAAAAAAGAAUCCAGCUCAGUAACUCAGGCUGACCCAGAGUGAGAGGAGAGGAGAGGAGGACUCUGGACUGAACGGAUGUUUAAGGUUUCUUAAGUUUUGGAAAAUCAGAUGUUAUUGGGGGAAACAGAACAGAUUUAACAUUACAGCUCAACCAUGACUUACUGCUAAUGUUCAGUCCUCCUCCUGUCCCAGUCGGGUGUUGAGUCGUCUUUGGUAAAAACUCAAAGUUAGCGGGAAACCAGAUUUGUGUAUUUUCUUUAUGUACAGAUUUAGUUAGAAACAUGAAAGAAGACUUCAUAGGAACAGUUUAAUCAGAACGCACUAGUUAAAUAAAUGACCUGUGUAUUUAUAGAGAUUGUAAACACUGCCACGUAGUCCUCCACCUCUGUUUAGACUCUUAUGUAAAAGUUAACCAAAGCAUUUUCCAGCUCAGUCUUCCUGAUGCCGACACGUAAUACUCCGGUGUUUAAUUCCAGACUUAUAUGCUGUUUGUGCUGCUGUAAUCACUGAUCGUAAAAGCUGAGCGAAUCUGAUUCUGCAGAAAAAGCUGAGUGGGAUCUUCUCCGUCCUUUUUGUUGUGCUAGUGAAGCUUGCAGUGCGAGUUUCAGAGUCUCUACGUGUGUGACGUUAGCACAACCCGUUCUGACUCAGUUACAUUAUUCAACAUGUAAAACCUCCACGUUGAGCAGUUUAUUCGAAAAAUAAGAUUUACUAAGCAGAACCUUCAGUCUGGCUGGUAUUAGCACUCGUUCUGUAGAAACACAGCUAGCUUGUGUGUGUGUUUUGUUUUGUUUUUUUACCACUAAAGAAACAAUAUUUGUCAGGCAGUGCAAAGUGGAUAUUUUGAACUGGUGCGUUUCCAAAGGAGUCAGUUUUGUUAGUGACCAAAUUUUUGUUUAUGUGGAGAAGAAUUGAUAAUGCACUGAUACUUUUUCAGGCAGUUUCCCAGAUGUGCAUUAACCGUCGUGUUGUCCUGCGGGUCAAAUAGAACCGUUUCACAGUUUGAAAAUGUGGGGAAAAAUAUAUAUUUUCACAGUGAAACUUUUGAUGUCUACAUUUUCAACAUGUUUAGGAAUUUUUUGAACAUUUUUUGGUGGACAAAAGAAAUGUUAAAAAUGUUUCUUUAAGAACACUCACCAAAAAACAGAUUUUUUUUGGUGAGUGUUCUUAAAGAAAAUAGUAGAAGUCUUAUAUAUAUAUAUAUAUAUAUAUAUAUAUAUAUAUAUAUAUAUAAAUCACUUUUUACUAAUUUUUUGAAAAUAUUGACAAGAUUUUUUUUUGUUGCCAAAUUUGAGGAAAACUUUUAAGGAAUUAUUUGAAUUUUCUUCCUGAAGGUUUUGCAAAUUUUCAGAAAUUUGGGGGAUUUUUUUUGCUGAAUUUUCGGAUUUAUUUAUUUUUUUCCAGACAAGGAAACAAUAUUUUUUGGUGCCGAUAGAUGAGGACAACAGGAGGGUUAAGUCAAGUCCGACACUAAAAGAAAUAUUCACCGGACACCGAAGAGAGUUGAAGCCUAAUCCAUGUCUGGGAAAACUGAGCCGAUGUCAAGUAUAAGUUUUUGUAUUUCAAAGGUAUAUUAUGAAACAGUAUUGAGGGUCACAUGUUACAAAGAAUUUAUUUUUUGUUUGUAUUUAACUCUUACCUGUAGUAAGCUACAUAGUAGGAAAAUUAACAUUUGUGGUAUUUGUUGUAUUAUUUCUUGCCGGCCUAACACCAUCAAUGUACUGCUUUCAUUUAACGGAUUGUGUUUAUAUAAUUCACUCAUACAUUUCCAGCUUCAUAUGAACGGUUAUUUUCUGCUGUCACAGUAACAUUCAAAGAUUUCCCCCGACUGCAAAGAGUUAUUUGGAUGUUGGAUUUUAUUGCAUUUCUUUACAAACAACCACAAGUGUUCGUCCCUGCAGCAGCUCAAAGCUUCCUCCUGGCUGCUGUUGAUGCAGUUUUAAUGUUCCCAACACUGUUAACUGAACAUAUGAAGUAAAUAAAUGAAUAAAGAUCUAUAUUUAUACAUUACAAA